CGAGGGAAGGGGGGGGUACGAGUGGCCAAUGACCGCCGCUUCGAGUACUGUGACACCCCAAUCCGUCUAGCGUCUCUCAUGAGCGUUGCUCCAGCAGAGAACUUCCCUUCUGAAGGCGGCGAUCGAGGGCACGAUCCUCCACUUCACAUAAAGACUUCCAUCACGAUUCCUGAUAAGAACAGGAGACGCUCUGACAGAGGUGUCCUCAUCCUUUAUCCGGAGAAGAAGGAAGAGACUGCUUUCAAGCAAGCUCUUAUCGCUUGGUCCAACAGACUGAGGCCGCUCUUGGAAAGCUUUGCCUUUCGAGUGACCUUGGUGGCAUGUCUCAUCUUCGCGCUCUUUGGAGGCGGAUUGUUUGUGAUCAUGGACAUCCCUGAUGAUCCUGGGAUUCCCAUCCUCGACACAUUGAUGAUUAUUGUGAUGAUCCUCUUUGUGCUUGAGAUGAUCAUCAACGGCAUUGUUGAUUACAAGACCUACCCAUGGUCCUUCUUCUUCAUCAUGGACGGUGUGGGCACCGUUUCGAUGAUCUUCGAGAUCUCCACCCUGCUGGGAACUGGUGGGAAGAUGCAAGUUGCCACCGGGUCAGUCGAUGCGAUGCUUAUUCGCACUGCACGAGCAGCAAAGGUAGGAGCGCGAGUCGGCCGUUUGUCGAAGCUUAUGAAGUGCAUCAGCUACUACCUGAAGGACAAGGACAAGAGGCUUGAAGAGUCGGCAAACCCGGCCGAGGCCAAGAAGCUCUCGGGCCGUUUGAAGGUCACCCUUUCCACCAAGGUUUCCUUGCUCACCAUCUUGCUGGUGCUGGCCAUACCCUUGUUCUCCAUUGCCCAGUACCCCGAGCAGGACCUCUCCAUGACGGUUUAUGCGAACAUGUUGGAGACCAAUUACGAGCGUGGCUACAACGAGCUGGUGGCCGAUUCAUCGAAGAACACCACGUCACUCUUCCAGGAUUCGGUGACAGAGAUGAUGACCUUCUAUGCCAGUGGGACUGCGAACUAUUUCCCCUAUCAAAUUGACGGCUUUGCAGAAGAGGUCACCUUGCCCGAUCAGAGGGAGGUCACGAUCCCGGGCACCUCGCUGCUGGCGAACCAAGCAUCUCCAAGACAGCUCUCAGACGUGUACCGCAUUACGGUGCAGUGCCGCUUUGAGCGUUCUCCGGGAUGUCCAGGUCCCGGCUUCCUGUACUUCAACUUCUACAGCCCGCGCCGUAUCGAAGUGGCCUUGGACAUGGGCCUAGCUGCCUUCAUUAUCCUGCUCAUGAUCUUUGUGUCGGCGAAUUUGAACCAAACGUUGCACAAGCUUGUUGUGCAACCCAUGGAAAGCAUGCUCUCCGUGGUCAAAGACAAUGCCUCCCAGCUCCUGAAACAGUUCGGUUUGGAAGAUGACAUGGAGGCGGAUGAAGAUCUGGAAGAGACGGAACUCCUGGAGGGCAUUUUCAAGAAGUUCGCUCGCCUGGCGAGCCUGGCCGCCGGCCGCAACGAAGCGACGGCGGAGGAGCUGGCAGGUAUGGAUGAGUCAGCACGAGGAGUGAUGAUGGAAAUGAUGAAUGUUCAGGUGUCCACCGUCCCAGCGGGUGGCGACGCGCAAAACACCAACUUGCGUGCGAGUGCCUACUCUGCUCCGACAGGAUCAGAAGGUGCAGAAGAAGCAAACCAAGUCACUGCAUUGGUGGAAUUGCCGGAUGUUCCAGUGAUUGCAUCUCUUCCAGUGACGAGGGACCUCAUCGAAUCGUGGGACUUAGAUGUCCUUGACUUGGACACGGAGGGUCAGACCAAGGUGGCGAUUCACAUCUUCUUCGACUCGACGAUUGGAAAGACGACUGGACGCUACUGGUCAGAGGCGUUGACAUUCAAGAGGUUUGAGAAAGUGGUGAAAGCAGGCUACAACAAUCUGCCCUACCACAACUACACUCACGCCUGUGAUGUCCUUCACACCGUCUACCGCAUGAUAUGUUUGACUUCAGCGCGGACUUGGCUGGGCAGUGUGGAUAUCUAUGCUUUGCUAGUGGCUGCCCUUUGCCACGACAUAGGGCAUCACGGACGGACCAACCCAUUCCUCGUUGAGUUGGGCGAUGAACUGGCCCUCCGUUACAACGACAAGUCGCCACUGGAGAAUAUGCACUGCGCCAAGCUCUUUGAGAUUGCAUCUAACCAGGAGACCGAUGUCUUCAAGCAGAUGGACAAAGAAACCAAGAAGCAAGCUAGGCGGAUCUGUAUCGCUGCGAUCUUGCACACCGACAACGUCAACCACUUUGAGAUGGUCCGUGAGAUCAGCAAGAUCUACGAAAUGGCAUCUGACCUCUGCGAGUUGCAAGCAAGCCAGCCUGACCUACUUCCCCAGUACACGGAGCAGGUGAUGCAGAAGAACGCCCUCCAAUGGAUGGAGCUCUUCCUGCAUUUUGCUGAUGUGUCCAACCCUCUGAAGCCUUUCCCAGUUUGCAAGAAGUGGGCAUGGCGAGUGUUGGAUGAGUUCUUCGAGCAGGGUGAUGAGGAGAAGUCGCUAAGCCUCCCUGUGGGAAUGCUAAACGACAGAGACAAGAUCAAUCGGCCUGGUUCGCAACAUGGCUUCAUCCAGUUCUUGGUGGCGCCGUUGGUCUUCAGCACGGUGAGGAUUUUCCCGGACCUGCACCCUGCCUCUACACAAAUGGCUUCCAACCUGGCGAUGUGGAAAGACUUGUGGGUCGAAGACGCCAAGCCCAGCGACGAGGAUGCUGCGAAGAAGGAGGCGGAUGUCCAAAAAAUCAAGGAUCAAGCAAGAGAGCUUGAACUCAGAGUCGAGUGAAGGCCGUGAAGGUCGUGACAAAGGGCCUUGGGACCUUUAAAAAGGCAGCCUGUGGCCUUGAUCGAAGGGGCCGUGCAACACACAUCAACCGAGCGAGUCUGAACUACAAAACCGUUGCAAAGCACUUCUUGAUAGUGAGCAGCCCACUUCUAGCCUUCAAGACCGCCUCGUGAAAUUGCUGCAGGCUCAUUCGGCAAGUCAUUUUUUUGCGUCGUUUUGCUAUUACAUGGUUGACACGGCAUCUCCGCAGAAUGUGGAGCAAAGUGGAGGCAUUGCCAGGGCUUUAUCUUUGAUCGUGGCCGAGCUCGGCCACAACUUGUCCACCCUGGCAAGCUACACAAACUUGUUCACACCCUGAAAACCGGCUGUGCCAUCCCCCGAAUGGGGUCAGAUGGCUUACGGACCGCAACUCACGUUUCUUUC